GCUGCAACAUGCUUUAAAGUGCAUCGGGGGAGCAGGUGUGAGAGUCCUGGCGGUGGCGCAGUUCAUCCUUUAUGCCCUGAAGGCAGGGCUAUGGCCUCAGAGGCAGUGCCGGGAUUGUCUCUUCCUUGGGGUGAGGUUGGAAGAGUUUCCCGGCAGCCACCUCAGGGCCUGGUGACCUUUGAGGACGUAACUGUGUUUUUCGAGGCAGAGGAAUGGGCUCUGCUGGAUCCGCGCCAGAAAGCUUUGCAUAGGGAAGUCAUGGAAGAGAAUUAUGAGACUGUGGCCUCUCUAGUUUCAGACCUCAAUUCCUGUUACGAAGAAGGAGAAGAUCCACUUAUCCGGCAUCCUAGAAAAGAGGAGAUAUCAAUAGACGUUCUGAAACCAGACCCCGUCUCUAUGCUUGGAGAAACCCCAACAGGGCAGGCCUCCGAGGAUGGGAAGAAAUUGGCAGAUGAUGUGCCGAAUAAUGGGAAUUCUAGGGAGCGGUGGACUUUGUCGCCAGAGAUCAUCAAGAGCGAAGUAACAGAAGAGAUGGCAGAAGAGAUGCAGAACAAUGGGAAUUGCAGGCAGCAGUGGAUUUUGCCAUCGGGGAUCGUCAAAACUGAAGCGACCGAAGAGAUGACAGAAGAGAUGCAGAACAAUGGGAAUUAUUGGGAGCAAUGGACUUUGUCAUCACAGAUCGUCAAGAGUGAAGCAAUAGAAGAGAUGACCGAGAAUCUGAUGGGAAUAGAAUGGGAAGAACAAAAUAAUUCAAAGUAUGGGAGGGUGAAAGCAUUUGAUGGUCAGAAUCCUAACAUCCAGCCGACUCCGAGGAAAAAAGUGAGGCCAUCAACUUUUUCGAAGUGGAAGCUGGAAAAUCCGUGGCUGGAAAUGUUUGCUGAUGUUAUGAUAUGCCUCGUCUGCAAAGAAUUUGCACGGGCUGAGGAUACGAGUUUCGUGAAAGGCUGCGCAACAUUCAAGAUUGAAACGAUAAAAAAACACGGUGCAUCUGCUACUCACCAAAAAGCUUGCCGUGCUCAAUUAGCCAGGUUGAAUCCAGUGUCCGCACCACAAUCAGUCCCAACAGUGCAGGAAUUAAGAACGAUGGACAGCAGUUUGCACAGUAACUUGGAGAAGCUGUUCAAUACGGCAUACUUCAUCGUCAAGGAGAACUAUUCGUUUGACGACUUCCCCGCGUUAUGUGCACUGCAGAAGAAAAACGGCUUGAUAGUAGGCGAGACGUACAGGAAUGACAAAGCAGCCAAACAGUUUGCUCAUUACAUUGCGGAGAGCCUUCGCCUGGAGCUCAAGUACAAACUGAGUAAAGCAAAUUUCUUUGGGAUUUUGGCCGACGGCUCGACGGAUAGAUCGAACGCGGCUUGCGAGAUUGUUUACUUUUAUUAUAUAAAUAAAGCUGAAGUGAAAUGCAGUUACGGAGCCCUUAGGGAAUGUCCUGGUGAGAAUGCAGUGGACGUGAAGUCUACCAUUGAGUCGGUUCUCGAUGAGUACGUACCCGAUUGGAAAAGCAAGCUGACGGCAAUAAGUUUCAACGGGGCUAGCGUUGAUACGGGCGGCGCAUCUGGGGUUGCAAAAUUGUUCCAGGACAGCUGCCCAGGUCUGGUGGCCGUGCACUGCGUCGCUCACCAACUGGAGCUUGCAAUAGGGGAUGCCUUGAAGUCCGUCAAAUUUGCCGGGCUUGCCGAAGAUGUCGUGAAGGGGAUAUACACGUUUUACCACGGCAAUCCUAAAAGGACAAAGGAGCUGAAAGAGAUCGGCGAAGUCCUGAACGAGAAAGUGCUUCGCCACAUGGGCAUCACCGGAAUCAGGUGGCUGCAGUCGAAGAACUCUGCCGUGAAAGCCUUGGCCAACAAUCUGCCCGUAGUUGUGGUGCACCUGCAGCAGAUUGUGAGCGGCUCUAGCACAAAGCCGGACAGGAAGGUGGAGGCCAAGCUGAAGGGGUACUUGAAGCGCUUGAAGUCGGAACGGUUUGUCAGGUUUUUGUUUUUCAUGGACGACGUUACGCACACGCUGACGAGGCUAUCCGAGGUGUUUCGGAGGAAGUGUGUGUCCGUCAGCGAUGUCAAAACCAGCUUGACGGCGACGAAAGAGAGGCUGCAGCGGAUGGUGAAAGACAGCGGCCCUCAGCUGCAAAAGUUUGAAAGCGCCGCGCGGCUGGAAGGCGGUGUGUUGGUGUACAAAGACGUGGAAAUCCUUAGCAGCGCAAGCGAAGUUGGCUGCUUUGAGGAAGAUCGGCGCGUCUUGCUGAGUUCCAUCGUGGAAGCGAUCGACAAAUGGUUUGACCGCAUCGGAAACGACAGAGUUCUGCGGAAUGUGGAAAUAUUUGACCCGUGCAACAUACCCAAACCAGAAAGGGACACGUCUGCGAGUAGCCACGGAGAAAAAGAAUUGAGCGAACUGAUGCAAGCUUUGCCCAGCAAUGUGAGAGUCGACAAGGAAGCCAUCUUGGAGGAGUACCAAGAGUUCAAAGUGUGGGCUGGCAACAAGACGAGCAUCACAUGUGAAGAAGCUUGGCAGCGCCUUCAAGCAGAGUCAACGGCUUCUGCUUCGUAUAUUAAUAUAUGCAAAGUUUUGAACUUUUUACGGGUCCUGCCGCUGAGCACUGCCGAAUGCGAGAGGGGGGUCAGCCAACUAAACCUGGUUAAAACCGACAGUCGGAAACGUCUGCUUGCGACAACCAUUGACGACUUGCUGAUGAUCAAGAUGAAUGGUCCGGACCUAGAGAUUUUCAACGCUGCAAAUGCAGUUAAUUUGUGGUGGAACGAUGUUGCCAGGGGGCGCAUUAGGAGACCCCACUUUAAAAACAAAGACUAGGGUAUUUUAAAAAACCGAAGUGUGGUCCCAAUAUUUUUACUGUAUAAACGAAAUGAAACAG